CUUUCCAACUCUCUGCCAAACCAUGAACAAACCCCACCAACUGCCACUUUCUUUUUCAAAGAAAAUAAGACAUCACAACAAUCAAUGUCUUUAUCCACACACAAAAUACAACCAGAGAAGAAGAGACUGAAGUCUCAGGCCCUGUUGCCAUUACCAAGAGUUUGAAGGACGUCGGAGAUGUUUCAGACAACUCUUUUGGCUCGGAAGCGACGACGGCCUGAAGCGACCUUAUCUCAGGGUCACGAAAAGGUGAAGUUCGGAGAUGUGGUACUGUAUGUGGUGGAGAAGAGAAUGGGAAAGAGCAGGAGGAAUUUUCUCUCAAAUCUCGCCAGAUCCAAGGGAUUCUGUGUGGAUGACAGUCUCAGUGAUCAUGUGACUCACGUGGUAUCUGAGGGCAACACAGCACAAGAACUCUGGAAGUGGCUAGAGGAACACGAUCUGAAGGAACCUCAAGAUAAACACGUGCUGAACAUCAACUGGUUUACUGAAAGCAUGAGCGCUGGGCAACCGGUACCUGUGGAAAUGAAACAUUAUAUACCCAAUCCUGCCCUAGAGCGGAGGGUGUUCCCUUGCAAGUCGACCAACGAUUCAACGUCUUCCGUGUCUCCCUUUGCUUGCAAGAGACGGACAACAAUGAAUAACCAUAAUAAGAGCUUUACUGACGUGCUGGAGGUCCUGGCUGAAAACUUUGAGUUCAGUGGGAAUCAGGGUCCGUGUCUGGCAUUCCGCAGGGCUGCUUCAGUUCUGAAGAGUCUCCCGGCCACCCUGCGACGCCCGGGGGACAUGGAACAUCUGCCCUGCCUGGGAGAACACAGCAAAGCCAUCAUAGAGGAGAUCUUUGAAUGUGGAAGUUGCUCUAAAGUCGAAGAGAUCCUGAAUGAUGAGCGAUAUCAAACCCUGAAGAUGUUUAACGGCGUCUUUGGGGUUGGAAUCAAAACAGCAGAGAACUGGUACUGCAGGGGUCUGAGGACAUUUGAACAGGUUUUGACUGAACCCAAUGUUCGACUGAACCGAAUGCAAACUGCAGGAUUUUUGUUCUAUGAAGACAUCAGCAGACCGGUGAGAAAAGCUGAGGCCAACGCUUUGAAGGUUCUGAUAGAAGAAGCUGUCACCUGUGUCAAUCCUUCAGCAAAUGUCUACAUUACAGGAGGCUUCCGCAGGGGAAAGGAUUUCGGUCAUGAUGUUGACUUUAUCAUCAGAACACCUGAGCCAGGUCAAGAGGACGGACUCCUAGAGGCGGUCAUUGACAGAUUUAGAGGCCAAAAUAUCCUCCUAUACUCAGACUUCCAGGAGUCGACCUUUGACCUGAAGAAGCUGCCAAGUUGCCGGUUUGAAGCCAUGGAUCAUUUCCACAAGUGUUUCCUGAUUGUAAAGUUAAGAAGAGAGCAGGUGCUUGAUGAGAGAGAGACGGAUGAGGAGAGACAGCGGGAAUGGAGAGCUGUACGUGUGGAUCUGGUUGCUCCCCCUAUUGAACGCUUUGCUUACGCUCUGCUUGGAUGGACCGGCUCAACGCUGUUUGAAAGAGAUUUGAGAAGAUUUGCCAGACUGGAAAGAGGAAAACUGUUGGAUAAUCACGCGCUGUAUGACAAAGCAACGAAAACCUUUCUGCCAGCUCAAACAGAAGAAGACAUCUUUACCCAUCUGGGUUUAGAGUUCAUAGAGCCUUCAGAAAGAAAUGCUUAGAUUUCUUCUGUCCUGCUAAACCUAUAAACCACUGGUUAGUGUGAUUUACUAU